AUGGCAACCCAUGAACGUCGUGAAAGGGCCUCAAGUCGCCUACUGGCUGAGAGUAACCGGGAGAGUGAACGGGAGAUACUCCCGGACACCGAACAGGUUACUGAGUUCAAUGUUAACCAACCGGAGUCGGACCCAAACUCCGGCCCUUCUUCAGCGAACUCCAGUCCUCCCAGGAAUCGCUGGUCGAUCGGUUUUGUUGCAAGAUGCGCCCUGCUGGCCUGCAUUACCUCAGCUCUACUGGGAUUGGAAGUUGGUUUGCUGAGCGAAAUUAUGUCGGCGGUCAAAAAGGACCAAGGGACAACGGAUGAGCACGUUGAGCUCGUCACGUUUGUGCUCCACAUCGUUGCACUGGUUGGAUCGAUUCUAACGGGUCUACUCUCUGAUUAUAUAGGCCGUAGAUACACUAUUAUCUUCGUAGGUGCCUUAUUUGUCUUCGCGCCCUCGCUCAUGGCCCUAGCUUCUAGUAGUUUUUUGGUCAUGUUGGGUAGGACAUUUGCACAUGUCGGGGUAGGUUAUACCCUAACUCUAGCUCCCGUAUAUGUGGCUGAGCUGUCUGCUGCCCGCUCUCGCGGCUUCCUCAGCUCGCUCCCUCAAGUAUUCAUCAACGCUGGCAACUUUCUCGGUUGUAUUGGCAAUUACUUUAUCUUCAGGAGCAAAUUCAGAGGGUGGCCUCUUAUGGUGUCCGGGGGAAUAAUCACCUUAUUCUUCGUUGCCAUCGCCGUCCUUGCCAUGCCCGAGUCACCCCAGUGGCUCGUGAUGCAAGGGCGCCUAUUCGAUGCGCACCUCGUCCUCCUCCGGACUUCCAAAUCUGAUGAGGAAGCCAAACUACAGCUCACUAAAAUCCAGGAGGCUGCUGGCGUCACUGGAGACCACAACCAAAACAAUGCCAAUGUGAGCAACGAGAAUGGGAGGUUUUGGAAUCUCCUCCGCCAGUCCCCCUCCGUCAGACAUAUCCUCAUCUGUGCCGUGGGCAUGCAGUUUUUCCAGCAAGCUUGCGGAGUUGACACCCUACUGUUGUAUAGCCCACAGAUCUUCGAGAAAGCUGGAGUCACAUUCUCCGACGAUAAGUUCCUCCUAACGGUUGAAAUUGAGCUUGUGAAAAUGAUAUUCACGCUUGUCGCCUCAUGCCUCCUUGACAGGUUAGGGCGACGCCCUUUGCUAUUGUGGAGCAUUGCGGGGAUCAUAGUCUCGCUGUUAACCCUUGGAAUGAGCCUCACGGAGCUUGACCAAAGUGACUACAAGGACAUUCUCCGUGGCGACAAGGACUGGUGGGCGAGCACAUGUAUAAAGUCGUUAUUCGCCUGUGUGGCCUCAUUCUCAGUUGGACUCGCACCAGUCACCCCAGUUUUCACGGCCGAGGUAUUUCCAGUACGGUUGCGGGCGCGGGGAUGCGCAUUCUCGUAUGCCGCUAACCAAGUGGCAAGUGCAAUGGUGGCAUUUGUAUUCUCGUGGUUCUACAACAAGUCAAGCCUCAGCGUAGCCGUCAACUUGAUCGCAGUAAUCGCGUGCAUAGCAUGGGCGGUUUUCUUCCUGAUAAUCCCGGAGACGAAAGGACGCACACUAGAAGAAAUGCGCCACUUUUUUGGCCAAAUCAUCGGGUGGGAUUACGUGGCGAGAGAAAUAGACAGGGAAAGGAUUGAACCUUUCCAGCCAUAUCUGUUGUUCCUUCCCGCCGCACCUCUCAACGCUAGCAAGACGUUCCAGCGAGCCUCCGUUCCUAGGCGGGGCCUUCCACGAAUUUUCAACAACGCUCUGGUAGUUCCUCAGUCGCUGGCCAACGACCAGUCAAUACCCAGCAAGCAUCCUAGGGUGGUGGGAUCUGUAGAAUAUGCCCUCAACAGACCCUCCGGUGGAUUCUUGACUUCUUGUUUCCGUUUAAGCGGCUCCAGUAGCAUCUAG